AGUCAGGCUGCAUUGCAAGACUUGCGCUUUAGAUUUGCAACCUCUCUUCUCGUAGCAGUUUCUGCUCUUGGCCAUGUCGGAAACCGCUCCCGCUGACACGGCUGCCCCGGCGCCGGUGGAGAAGUCGCCUGCCAAAAAGAAGGCAACCAAGAAGGCGGCGGGCGGUGGCGCUGCGAAGCGCAAGGCGUCCGGGCCCCCGGUGUCCGAGCUCAUCAUCAAGGCCGUCGCCGCCUCCAAGGAGCGCAGCGGCGUGUCCCUGGCCGCGCUCAAGAAGGCGCUCGCGGCCGCCGGCUACGACGUGGAGAAGAACAACAGCCGCAUCAAGCUGGGCCUCAAGAGCCUGGUGAGCAAGGGCACCCUGGUGCAGACCAAGGGCACCGGCGCCUCGGGCUCCUUCAAGCUCAACAAGAAGGCGGCCUCCGGGGAAGCCAAGCCCAAAGCCAAGAAGGCGGGCGCAGCAAAAGCCAAGAAGCCCUCCGGGGCCACCCCUAAGAAGCCCAAGAAGGCCGCGGGAGCGAAGAAGGCGGUGAAGAAGACGCCCAAAAAAGCCAAGAAGCCUGCCGCCGCCGGUGUCAAAAAGGUGGCCAAGAGCCCCAAGAAAGCCAAAGCCGCUGCUAAGCCCAAGAAGGCGGCCAAGAGCCCCGCCAAGCCCAAGGCCGUGAAGCCGAAGGCGGCCAAGCCCAAAGCCGCGAAACCCAAGGCAGCGAAACCCAAGGCUGCCAAGGCGAAGAAAGCGGCUCCGAAAAAGAAGUAGGAAGUUGGCCUUAAAAAGGCAACAAAACCCCAAAGGCUCUUUUCAGAGCCACCCAAAUUUUUCUGGAAACAGCUGUACACAAUUGUUGCAAAUUUUCCCGGCCAUCCGCAAAAAACUAAGAAGGUAAACUUUAUGUCCUUGUUCUAAGUUAAAUUGCAGGCCUGUUUUUUUCGCGGUUGAGUAUGUUUAUUUCUGUACACAAGUCAGUAUUUCGAAAAAGCCCGCGCUACACUCCCAUUGGUCCCGGUUUGCAUAGUACUUGGUGCCCAACCCCUGAUUCUCUGCGCACCAGCUACAAGCUAGCUAGUUCCUGAACGGAGUUGAACGGGGAAGCUCGCUAACGAGUAAUAUAAAAUAGGUGAUCACCUAUUAGGUCCAGGUAGAGCGUGGGAGAGCUAAAAGUGUAGUAAAAUAUGAAGCUUUAACCCCUUAGCGUCGAAAUUGAGAAAACUGCGGUCCCAGCUCUUCUCCAGAAAUAGUGGGUGGCUCUGAAAAGAGCCUUUUGGUUUUGAAGUUGUUGCUAUCGGGACCUUACUUGCCCUUGGCCUUGUGGUGGCUCUCGGUCUUCUUGGGCAGCAGCACGGCCUGGAUGUUGGGCAGGACGCCGCCCUGCGCGAUGGUGACGCGGCCCAGCAGCUUGUUGAGCUCCUCGUCGUUGCGGAUGGCCAGCUGCAGGUGGCGCGGGAUGAUGCGCGUCUUCUUGUUGUCGCGCGCCGCGUUGCCCGCCAGCUCCAGGAUCUCGGCCGUCAGGUACUCCAGCACGGCAGCCAGGUAGACGGGCGCGCCGGCGCCGACCCGCUCGGCGUAGUUGCCCUUGCGGAGCAGGCGGUGCACGCGGCCCACCGGGAACUGCAGGCCGGCCCGCGACGAGCGCGUCUUGGCCUUGGCGCGGGCCUUGCCGCCUUGCUUGCCGCGUCCGGACAUGAUGGGGAAAAAGGAACAGACCUGAGUAGGGUCAGAGUUGAAGCCGCCGGAGCUACCCUACUUAUAGUCUCUAUUGGGCACAAAAAUGAAGCUGUGCCAUUGGCUAAAAUUACAGUUACAUUUAAACCAAUGGAAUCCUGGUUUCGAAAGACUCUUAUUUUGAUUGGAUAACUACAGGAUGCCAUCCAGAAUUUACUACAAUCACUGGAUUUCUUC